GUGCGGUCGCUGCAGAGGCGCUCUGGACGCCGGGCCGCGUGUGUACCCGCGGGGGCGUGGCGGCGGGAAGGGCCGAGCGGCUGGCGCUCGCGGUCUCCGGGUGGCCGCGCCUCCCUGGGAGCUGGACUUUGCGGGCACGUGAGUGGGAGCGGAGCGGCAGGGAGGAGCCGACGCGGCCGGCGAGGUCGGGCUCCCGGCUGAAGGACCUCCUCAUCUCCACAGGCUCACGCCCCGACCUCGUCCCGCACGGGCUCUGUCCCGCCCCUCACCCCUUGUGCUCGAUCCGCUGGGGUCUCUCUCUUGCCCAGGAGACCAUGGAUACCUCGACGCCUUUGCCUCCCGUAGCCCCCUCCCCCGCCUGCAACCCAGCCCCACGGACGAUACAGAUCGAGUUCCCUCAGCAUAGUUCAUUGCUGCUGGAGGCCCUCAACCGCCACAGGCUGGAGGGAAAGUUCUGUGACGUGUCCCUCCUGGUGCAGGGCCGCGAACUUAGGGCUCACAAAGCGGUGUUGGCUGCCGCCUCUCCUUAUUUCCACGACAAACUUCUUCUGGGGGAUGCACCACGUCUCACCCUGCCCAGCGUCAUCGAAGCUGAUGCCUUCGAGGGGCUGCUCCAGCUCAUUUAUUCCGGGCAUCUCCGUCUGCCACUGGAUGCUCUCCCUGCUCACCUCCUUGUGGCCAGUGGCCUCCAGAUGUGGCAAGUGGUAGAUCAGUGCUCAGAGAUCCUUAGAGAACUAGAAAACUCAGGUGGUGGGAUUUUAACUCGGGGAGCGACCCCUUUCCACACACUUCUUUCCACCACAUCCUCUCCAGGAGGCUGGUGCAUCCGCUCUUCCCCUUUCCAGACCCCAGCACAGUCUUCCACUUCUACCCAGAGCCCCGUUGGAGGGGAGGGGAGUGAACUGGGAGAUAUGUUACAGCUUCAAGUUGAAGAAGAGGAGGAGGAGGAGGAGGAAGAAGAAGAAGAUGAGGAGGACCAGGGGUCAGUAGCACCCUCUCAGACUCCUCAGCCUCAGAGAGGAUCGGGGGGUUUUCCCCGCCCUCCUACAUCCCACCCCCUGCCAACAUCCACUACUCCUUGCAGGCUUCCAGAGAGUGAGAAUGCUCCACCUGAGCCUCCUGCCCCUCAUACUACACUGUCCCCCAAAAUCUUCUACAUUAAGCAGGAACCCUUUGAGCCCAAGGAGGAGAUAUCAGGAGGUGGAACUCAGUCUGGAGGAGCAAAGGAGGAGACCAAAGUGUUUCCAGGAGGGAACACUGAAGAGAAUGGAGAGCUAGGGUUCUUGCUGCCCUCAGGAGCAGGGGCAACAUCUGGAGGAGGUGGUCCAUCCUGGAAGCCAGUGGAUCUUCAUGGGAAUGAAAUCCUGUCAGGGGGUGGGGGACCUGGAGGAGCCGGGCAGGCUGUGCAUGGGCCGGUGAAGCUAGGCGGGGCACCCCCUGCAGAUGGAAAACGCUUUGGCUGUUUGUGUGGGAAGCGGUUUGCAGUGAAGCCAAAGCGUGACCGGCACAUCAUGCUGACCUUCAGCCUUCGGCCCUUUGGCUGUGGCAUCUGCAACAAGCGCUUCAAGCUGAAGCACCAUCUGACAGAGCAUAUGAAGACCCACGCUGGAGCCCUGCAUGCUUGUCCUCACUGUGGCCGCCGGUUCCGAGUCCAUGCCUGUUUCCUUCGCCACCGGGACCUAUGCAAGGGCCAGGGCUGGGCCACUGCUCACUGGACUUACAAGUGACUGCUGAGGCCAUACGCUAACUUCCAGGAUAAGGGAGCCACUGCUGCUGAUGGAUACUUACCCUUCACUACCACGGCACCCCAAUCCUGUCUCUUGUUUACUAUGCCAAGAGGAUAGAUAGAUUAUGGACCUCUUGUUCUUGGGUGUGGGCUUUAACCUGCCAGAUUUGGAAACUGAUUUCUCAUCUCACUCUAGGUUUUUGCUAACUACUCUACAGGAGAGUGGUUUAUAGGCCAUAUAUAACUCAGUCAGUUGCCCAUAAUCUUUUCAUACAGGAAACCAGAAUUCAGAUUAGAAGUUUAUUUGAUGAGAAAGUUGUUAGAGCAAGAAAAAUUGUGAUAAAUAUUUCAUUCAGUCUCUAUGAGUAGUUUCAGGAGCUGGUCUCCAGCUAGAGAUGUGUUUGCUUCAGAGUUCUAGUAAUCCAGAGACUAAGCUCAGCUUUACCCUGCCUCAUCAUUGCUGAAAUUAUGUGAGUAGUGGUCAUCUUAUAUAUUUUCUUUUGUUAUAAUUUUCUAGAAGCCCUUCAGAUUAUAAAUUGCUUUCUCACCAGUAGGUACUUUUUCAACACCUUUGUUUUGUAUGUUGUAGUUGAGCACUUUAACAAAUUGAACAUUCCAUGUGUCACUUAGAACUUUCUUUAAUAGAGGAUCUUAGUUCCCGGACCAGGGACUGAACCCAUGCCCCCUGCAGUGGAAGCACGGAGUCUUAACCACUGGACCGUCAGGGAAGUCCCUCUUAUUUACCUUUGGCCAUCAUUGAUCACUAAUAUUGAUCACACUGACUGGAAUGUGACCAGUGAACUCAGGAGAUGGCCACUGACCUAAAAUACUCUCAGGGUAGCACCACAGCUCUGAACAAGUGGUCAUGGUCAGAGGGACUCAGGGCUGAGAUGACACAUGCUGAAAACUAGAAAAAUAACUGCACGGUGGAACCACACCCCCUCCCUUUCCAUCCCCACCAACACAUGACAGCCCCUUGGUUGACACUUAGAAGGGUAGAUGUUGGAAUGGGGAGAUUGUCAUAGGUUUCUUAAUUUCUUCAAAUAAACUUUGCCGUGAAAUCUAAGCUGACAGUGGACUGAAUUGAGUCAUUUAUACGGGAGAGACAAUGUGAGAACACAGUUGCAAAGACUUGGACGUAUCCCUUAUGAGGCUAGGUUAUGUUGAUGGGGGAAGAAUCGGAUAGUCUUCACACUGCUGGGAGAACACUGUCCUGGAUGUCAGUGGGCCAGAUUCUCAGUCGUGACCUGCCCGUGAAUAACCUCUGGUAAGCUGCUUUGUUUUUAAGAGUCUGAACUGUCAUCAUCGUUGUCGUCUUUUUUUUUUUUCCUUUGGUGGGGUGGUAUGUACCUCCUAACUGGUUUUCUGUCUUCUUUAUUUUAAGGGGUUUUCACAUAAUCUUUACUUACGAUAUUCCCUGACUUCAUAUAUUAUGUAUAUUGUUUGGUUUGUUCUACAUUUAGUGCAAAGCACUGUACUAGACCCUGACUUAUACUCUAUCCUCAGAGCGUUCACAGCUGCUACCAAAGCCAGACGUAAUAACAAUGUGGCAUGGUAAGUCCAUGAUGGAGGAUAGUACAAGCUACUGUAGUGGCACAAAGGAAGCUGAGUAAAGAUCUGUGAUAGGUCACCAGAGGUUUCACAAAGAACUCCAUUGCUGCCAGAGUGUGGCAGUGGGUGUGGGUGGCUGAACUGAUGUGGAAAUGGUGAACAUGAGUUGAAGUCACAACUGUAGCACCGAGAGUGACAGCCUUUGCCAAAGCAUGUUCCUCAGUUAUUAGGUGUGGAUCCUAAAGGGGUUUGAAAAUAUGACUUUACGGCCGAGAAGGUGAGUUCUAGCUGGGAUCUGUCAGCCUUUCUAAAGAGCCUUGACAUAUUACCAUCCCCACUAUACAAAACUGACCACAUUGGGUAAGGGGUCAGGGACGGAGGCUUGCCAACCUUGGGUCUCCUAGCAUCCCAGCCACUGCCAUUCUUUUGGCACACAUUCUAUAGGUGACUAUAUUUUUUGGCCAGGAUCCUUGGGUUGCAAGCAAUGGAAACUGUCUCUGACCUUUUCAAAACAGGAAUCUGAAGUUUAUGGGGUGGC